GGGCGUUCUCAGUGUAAUUGGAGUUUACAGCUGUUUAUUGGGAGUAUGUUCUCUGGAACAUCUGGAGUUCAUUUCCGUGGAGACUCUCUUGCGAUGUUUGAUGCUCUGCUCCUGGGUAAACAGAUUGAACUGAAACGGUAUGAAGUGGACGGAAGGAAAGUUCUGUUUUAUUUUGAUGAGAUUCCCAGCCAGUGUAUGACCUGUGUCAAGUUCUAUGCAUACCGGGAGUAUAUCGUUGGGAAAACAGCUCCUGUCCCGGUCAAGGUGUAUGACUACUAUGAACCAGCAUUUGAGGCAACACGCUUUUAUAAUGUGAGUGAAACAAGUCCUCUGGCUCGGGAGCUGUGUGAUGGGACCACCUGUAAUGAGGUAGAAAGCUCAGCCAAUCAGUGGAUAGGGUUUGUCCAAUCUGGCACCUGUAAGAAUGUGUAUGACUGUCUGGAGGAGGAACACUAUGAGCUGUGCACAUGUUACCGUGACUGUGGCUUCGAUGGAAACCCUGUGUGUGGUUCUGAUGGAAUUCUGUAUCGAAACCAGUGUCAGAUGGAGGUGGCGGCAUGUCGAAACAACACCAGGAUUGAACAGGUCCCUGUGUCACAGUGCCCCUCCAUGGAAAGUGUCCCUGAAGAAAGUGAGUCUGUGGCAUCACCGAUGAAGCUGGAGCUGAUGGAACAGAGACAAUCAGACGGUGUCACUGUGCCACAAUCGGAACUUUCUUAUUACUCUUAUGGAAUGAGUUACGAGUAUGACCCGGAGUUUGUAUCCGAUGAAGAUGAUGGGUUUGAAAUGAAUGAAGAUCAGACAGAGCAACAGAGCCAGGGGAGCAGAGGGAGAACAGAUGAGGGCUUCAGUCAAAAGUGAAUGAAUAUGGAUUCUCAGGCACAGGAAGAGGAGGAAUCAGAGAACACAGAAAUUCUGCCCUGUACAUGUUUGUUUAUAUGUUACAAGGACCAAGCACUGCUGCUGAAGACAGCACAAUAUUAUCCGCACCCAACUAUUAAAUAGACUAGACAUAUUUAUCCUUUAGUAUUGUUUAAACCAAGCAGGCACAUUAGUGGAAUCUGGUAUUUAUAUUUUGUAAUUAUAAGUGUUCCAAUCUUCACUUUGUGAUAUUUAUAUUUGUGUUUUAGUUAAAGCUCCUCUUUCUCCUAGAGCUGGGUCAAAGGUCAACUUCCUAACGUUUAUUAUUUAAUUUUUUUAAUUAUUUACAAUUUCUCCCUUCCAGUGGAGGACAUUCAUGCUCUCCAGAGGGGCAGUUAAUUCAGCUGCAAGGCUGUGGCUCCUCUGCAGAAAUCUCCAGUGAGAUUCCCUCCACCUCCCCCACCUCCCUGUCCUCCUUCCCUCACUCCCUACAUAAACGUCCCCUCCCCUCCCCUCCUCCUCCCCUCCCCCCGCUGCCUUAUUUCUUAACUGCCCUCCCCUCUUCCUCAGUAUCCAUUCAGGGUUAUUGAAGAGACUGAAGGGCAUUUGGUUGAAGUCACCACUGCCCCACCCCCCCCAGCACUGAAUUCUAGCCCCCAGUGUAUUAAAGCCAUUCACCCCAAACACCGCCUACAGCCCCCCACCACCACCACCAUCCUCCAAAGUGGAGGCUCUUGCAUCUCACUGGAUGCUACAGAGAACCCCACAAUGGGACUGGCAGUGGGGGAAGGGUCCUCGGCACCAAUCCAUUACCCCUGGGCCGAGAUGCUCAGUGUAAGGAAUGUGGGGGUUGGCAGUUUUGCAUCGAUGUGAAGGCAUCGUAUCUUCCAAUAAUAAAGGUGAUGAUCUUCCCAAAAACAUAUUGGUUCUGACUUUAAUUCUGUGUUUGUACCAAUUCACUCACCUUUCAACUUCUUCCAACACAUUAACUCACUCACAG